CAGUGAGGAAAGCUCUCGUUAAGAUGAAGCAAAGUCUUGUGGUACUCGUUUGUCUCUGUGUCCUUAUCUGGGCAGUGUUAGGUGCCCCUAAUUCAAUAAGAAGGAGCUGCUGUCUGAAAUAUUCAGCCAACUCACCCCCUAUUGGAAGAAUCCUGAGGUACAGAAUUCAGGAACAGAAUGGCCAUUGUAGAUUUGAUGCUGUGUUAUUUUUUACCAAACGCGGUCGCAUCAUCUGUUCAGAUCCAAAUGAUGAGAGAGUGCAAGAUCUUCUGAAAAGAUUUGGCCAAAGAAAGCAGGAAAGAUAAAGAUGACAGUGAUCUUCUUUGACUGACUAUUGGCUAUAAAGAGUAUUCAAAUGGAAAAAUGCAUUUUUAAUUUCCAGCUGUUCCACAAUUUGCAAGUUUCCAAGGAAUCCUGAAAUUUAUACAUCAAAAUUAGAGUCAAAUCUUCAAACAAUGUUGGUCUAAUUUGAUCUGCUCAUCAGUGUGUGUUAUCCCUCUAUAUUACUAAUUGAUUUAUUUGGUUUUAUUAUGAUUACUAUAGCAGCUGAUCAAAUAGUGCAUCACCUGUUAAUAGUCAGAUGUUUCACUCUGGAAUCCCUCUUCUGUCCAUUAUAGUAUUCUCA